ACCAACCCUGAACCAUCCAACCAUCAGGUUCCAGUUCUAGAAGAUUCACCCAGACCAACACUACCACAGAAACCCGAGAGCAUAACAACUCUCGCUAGGGCUACUAUGGUGAUGUCACCUGAAUCCCUGCCUAGCCAAGUCCCAACCGGCAUAGUCGUACAUGAGGUGGAACCAACUGAGGGACCUGACUCAGAACCACCUAUUCAAGAACAGAAGGAGGAGGAAGUUUUGCCUAUGGCAAUAAACGACCAUAUCCUUAAUUGUGUUGAAGACACACCUCCAGAGGAACCUGUUCUGGAGGAGAUAGAGCCCACUACCUACCCCCAAGAUUCCAACGUUCAAGAGUCUAAGGAGGAAUCUAUAGACAAAGAAAUACCUAGCACAGUGGAACCAAUAACGUCUAUAGAUAAUCAUGCUUCAUCAGAAGACUUAGACCAAACUUUCUUUGACUCCCUACUUGACGGGUGUGACUUUGUCUGCCCGAAGGAUAGUUGGAGCCAAAAUAGUUGGGAUGAACUUCUGGUAAGUGACACUGAAGACUCAUCCAUGGGGGAAAUCACGGUCGUAAUCAUCAAACCACAAAUGGAUGGUCAGCCUGUUGAAGAUAAGGAAAAAAUAAAUCUUGCUAUGAAGGCCAAUGAUGUGGAUCAACUGAGGAGACUUCUGCCACCACCCACCUAUCUAGAGUCUCCUCCUUUUAUCGUGUUGCCACCAAGCCGCAGGGAUGAGUCAAGGAUCCUGGACCUUGACUGAGCAACAAAUCAAACAAGGCGGCACCAGAAAAGAGUCAGAAGGGCCAAACUUUAUGAAUCUCGGAUCGGGAAGUCGCGGAAAAAGUGGGUGAGCGUC